AAAUGGCGGCCGCAGACGCCGCUGCUUAGGGCGCUCGAGAGGUCCCUGGUUGGACUGGCGGACACGGGGUUAUCAAAAGGCGGAGGCAGCCGGCCGGGUGACUAAGAUGGCGGGAGGAGGAUUCUUGAGCAUCGUGGAGUACUUGGGGGGAGACGGCGGCUACCGCUGCGGCUAUUGCAAGAACGACACCGGCAACUUCUCCCACGGCAUGUGGGCUCAUUCACUGACUGUUCAAGACUAUCAGGAUCUUAUAGAUCGAGGAUGGCGAAGGAGUGGAAAGUAUGUUUAUAAACCCACUAUGAAUCGGACAUGUUGUCCUCAAUAUACAAUAAGAUGCCAAGUAUUACACUUCCAACCUUCCAAAUCACAUAAAAAAGUUUUGAAGAAGAUGUUAAAAUUUUUAAUAAAAGGAGAACAUUCUAAAGCAGAUGUUGAAGUAGAUCCCAUGGAGUCUCAUAACAAAGAAGCUGACGGCUGUAGUUUUCCUUUAAAAAAUCCACCUGUCAGAAGCCAAUGUGAAUUGCAGCCCCUCAGUACUGACACCAUGGAAGAGGAAGAGAUGACAGAAGAAAUAAAUGUAAAGGAAGUGGACUCAAAAAAUUCUGAAUUGUGUAAUGCAGAACUGAAUGCCGAUUCUAGCAGGUCAUUACAGAUAGCAGACAUUACUCCCAAGCCAGGCAGAGGAGCUGACUUGAGCAAACCACCAUGUCGUAAAGCAAAAGUCAUACGGAAGGAACAAAAGUUGCAGAAAAAACUGCAGUGCCAGACGUGGCCAGUUUCACUUGAAUCAGGGUCUCAGAGUUUCACCAGUCGGAACUGCUGCCCUAAAACCAACCAACCAAAAUCAGUCGAAGACUUCAUUUUUGCCAGCUUACCUUCCGAAGCUCUGCAUCAGAUAGAGGUGAGGCUGGUGCGAUCAUCUCCACAAAGUUCCCAGUUCAAAGCCACAUUUCAGGAGUCUUACCAGGUUUAUAAGCGUUACCAGAUGAUUAUUCACAAGGACCCUCCUGGUAAACCAACCGUCAGUCAGGUGAGGUUAGUACCAGUUUCUUUUGAGGAUCCACAGUUCAGUUCAUCUUUUACUCAGUCUGCCACUUUAUUUGCCAAGUAUCAGAUGACCAUACACAAGGACACUCCUCUUGAAUGUGACGAGGACCAGUUUACGCGAUUUCUCUGUGAUUCACCACUUGAGUUUCACUUGAAAGAAAUUAAUGAAUAUUGUCAGAUUCUGCAGAUUCCUCUAACUGAGGAAUCUGAUGAAUACAUGUUCAGUAAAUUUUAUUUAUCUGGAGCUAUAAUUCGAUAUAGUCAUACUAUAAUAAUAAGAUUACAAAUUAGCAACAAUGGUAUAUUGGAAGAUCUGCAAGAAACACCAUUUGCCUGGAAGGAAAUUGCUUUUACCAGACAACUUCAUGAAAAGGCCUCUGAUCUAAGUUAUUAUUACAUGGGAUUUUAUAUUCAUUCAUGUCCUAAAAUGCGAUAUAAGGGACAGUAUAGACCUUCUGAUUUACUAUGUCCAGAGACGUAUACUUGGAUAUCCCUUGAGCAGUGUCUACCUUCUCUUGAGCGUUCAAAAUAUUCUCGCCUCAAUCAAGACUUAAAAAUAGCUGAUGAAGGGAUGAUGAAGGAACUUGAUCAAGUUCAGGUUCUCCAUAAGAGAUCGGUUAUGCCUUACAGGGUGUAUAAGAGAAAUCGAAAAGGACCAAGUGAUGAAGAAACUGUACAGCAAUAUGCCACUCUCGUGGGACAGGCAUGCUUGAAGAGGAUGUUGCUUUUUCGGAACUGAAUAUUCAUUCUGUAGAUCAGGGGUUCU